UUCAACGCGGAACUCAGUUCAGAGUCAAACAUGUCUGCAGCAGACAGCUACAAACCCGUGAGCCAUGUCAUUUUCGACAUGGAUGGACUAUUAUUAGACACAGAGCGACUGUACACUGUGUCCUUCCAGGAGGUAUGUGACCGCUUUGGAAAGCAGUACACGUGGGAUGUGAAGUCAUCAGUGAUGGGUAAAAAUGCUCUGGUUGCUUCCCAAAUGAUUCGGGACGCUCUGGAGCUUCCCAUGACAGCUGAAGAACUCCUCGCGGAAACCAGAAAAAUACAAGAAAGGAUUUUUCCCUCUGCCAAACUCAUGCCAGGUGUGGAGAAACUGGUGGACCAUUUAAAGAAGCACAAUAUCCCCAUUGCAGUGGCCACUAGCUCCGCCGGUGUCACGUUCAAGUUGAAGACGAGCCAACACAAAGACUUCUUCGGCAAGUUCGACCACAUUGUUCUGGGUGAUGAUCCCGAUGUGAAGAACAGCAAACCUCAACCGGACUCCUUCCUGGUCUGUGCAAGCAGAUUUAAACCUCCUGCUUCUCCAGAGAAGUGCUUGGUGUUUGAAGACGCUCCCAACGGCGUGAAGGCGGGACUGGCUGCGGGGAUGCAGGUGGUGAUGGUUCCCGAUGACAACCUGGACCCCAGCCUGACCCAGGAGGCCACAAUGCGACUCCGCAGCAUGGAGAAGUUUGAGCCGGAGCUCUUUGGCCUGCCGGCGUUUGACUGAGCCAGAAAUAAAACCAAAAAACCACAAUAUGUACACAGCAGGUCUUCAGUUUCAUUCUUUACAGGACACAAUCAAGGUAUCGGUUAACCCCCUAUCAUUCGGCCCCCUUUUACAGAAUUGGGGGUUGGGCAGCAGUGGAUUUUAGGGGGAGAUAGAAGAUCAACAAUAAAUGCUACACUGUAAAAAUGUCCCAUUGUUUUACAGAAAAAAAAUGGCAGC